GAAGUAGACUUAUGAGUAUGUGUUUGUGGAUGCUUAAUUAUUUUUAAAUACAACCUCAUCCACAUCUGCACACGCAUGAAGUUUGGUCACUUACAACCGCUUAAUGCCUUUUCUCUUCCGGACAUCUUUCAGGAUAGUUUUACACAUUUCAGAGACUGACCACUUUAACUUACAGGAUGAGUUUGGGGGAGAUCAAUGAGAAUGUGAAGCUGGCUCGAGAAUACGCUCUGCUGGGGAACUACAGCUCUGCGGUGGUCUGUUAUCAGGGGGUCCUGGAGCAAAUCAAGAAAUACCUCUACUCCGUCAGAGACUCCUCUCUACAGCAGAAGUGGCAGCAGGUUUGGCAGGAGAUAAAUGAGGAAACUAAGCAAGUUCGAGAGAUCAUGACAACACUUGAGAGCUUUCAGAUGGAGUCGACACCUUCUAAACCCAGCAGUUUUGCCCAGGACAAUGACAUUAUGCCUGUUCAUGUGGAGCACAGAUCGUCUCCAUGUGUAGUACGGAAAUCCUCUGUCCCGUAUAAAGACAGUAAAGGUCAUGGGAACAGGUUGAGCGUUGGACCCCGUGGGCAGGCUCGACCCUCACCACGAGUGGCCAAUGGAGACAAAGGCAAACCUCAGAAAUCCAAAGAAAAGAAGGAGAACCCGUCAAAGCCAAAAGAAGACAAGAACAAAGCAGAGGCUGUGGAGACUGAGGUGAAGAGGUUUGACAGAGGAGGAGAAGACAAAGACCUGAUUGACGCUCUGGAAAGAGACAUCAUUUCCCAAAAUCCCAAUGUCACAUGGGAUGACAUUGCUGAUCUGGAGGAGGCUAAGAAGCUGCUUAAAGAGGCAGUGGUUUUGCCCAUGUGGAUGCCUGAGUUCUUUAAAGGAAUAAGACGCCCAUGGAAGGGAGUGUUGAUGGUGGGGCCGCCUGGAACCGGAAAGACGUUACUGGCCAAAGCUGUUGCCACUGAGUGCCGAACCACCUUUUUUAACGUGUCCUCCUCCACCCUCACCUCCAAAUACAGAGGAGAGUCUGAAAAACUUGUCCGGCUGUUGUUUGAGAUGGCACGUUUUUAUGCGCCCACCACCAUCUUCAUUGAUGAGAUUGACUCCAUAUGCAGCCGCAGAGGAACCUCAGAAGAACAUGAAGCCAGCAGACGUGUCAAAGCUGAACUACUCGUCCAAAUGGAUGGUGUUGGUGGGACAUCUGAAAAUGACCCUUCAAAAAUGGUAAUGGUCCUGGCAGCCACCAACUUUCCCUGGGACAUUGAUGAAGCUCUGAGACGCAGACUGGAGAAGAGAAUUUACAUCCCUCUGCCCUCAGCAAAAGGCAGAGUGGAUUUACUCAAGAUCAACCUAAAGGAGCUUGAUCUGGCCAAUGAUGUCAACAUGGACAAGAUUGCGGAGCAGAUGGAAGGAUACUCUGGUGCUGACAUCACCAACGUUUGCAGAGAUGCGUCGCUGAUGGCCAUGAGACGGCGGAUUGAGGGUUUGACACCCGAGGAGAUACGAAACUUACCCAAAGAUGAGAUGCACAUGCCCACCACAAUGGAGGACUUUGAGACGGCACUGAAGAAAGUGUCCAAAUCUGUAUCCGCUGCUGACCUAGAGAAAUACGAGAAGUGGAUUGCAGAGUUUGGCUCCUGCUGAUGAUGCCAAAGAAACUACUUGCAAUCACAUUCGGCACUUUGAAAGACUGAGGGCCAGUUUCAAUAGAGCAUUCCCACCCCAGACCAGCCUGAAGUCAUGGGGCCUAGAAAAAAUAGGAUCUUUUAUGUACAUAUUUAUAGUUUAAUAUUUAAUAAUAAUAGGUUAUCAUUUCUGGUUCACUGCGUACAAGUCAAGCUUUUACCUCCUGAACUGAAUUUCACUCCAUAAAU